ACCAGCGGAGAGCGCGGCGCCGCGCGGUCCCCGAGGAUCCGCACGCCGGGCAGCGCGGCCCGAGCAGCGUGAAGAGCAGCGGGCGGGCGGGCGGCGCCGGGCCCGGGCCGCCCUCGCUCCCGUGCCCCGGCCCCGCCGCCCGCGCCGGGGCGGUCGCCCGCAGAGGAAGGCGCCGCAGUCUCCGGGCCUCGCAGCCCCACUCGAGCGUCCUCAGCACCGAGGACUCGCGGGUCCUGAGGGGAAGAGGCGAGCCAGGGGCCGGGCACUGAGCUCUUUGGCGCCCCCACCCCCGUUUUCGGAGCCUUCCACGCUGCGGCCGCUGUCCCCUCCGGACCAUGGCCGACGACGACGUGCUGUUCGAGGAUGUGUACGAGCUCUGCGAGGUGAUCGGCAAGGGUCCCUUCAGUGUUGUACGACGAUGUAUCAACAGAGAAACUGGGCAACAAUUUGCUGUAAAAAUUGUUGAUGUAGCCAAGUUCACAUCAAGUCCAGGGUUAAGUACAGAAGGUAAGAGAUGGAUUUCAAAUCUAAAGCGGGAAGCCAGUAUCUGUCAUAUGCUGAAGCACCCCCAUAUUGUCGAGUUAUUGGAGACAUAUAGCUCAGAUGGAAUGCUUUACAUGGUUUUUGAAUUUAUGGAUGGAGCAGAUCUGUGUUUUGAAAUCGUAAAACGAGCUGAUGCUGGUUUUGUAUACAGUGAAGCUGUUGCCAGUCAUUACAUGAGACAGAUACUGGAAGCUCUACGCUAUUGUCAUGAUAAUAACAUAAUUCACAGGGAUGUGAAGCCCCACUGUGUUCUCCUCGCCUCAAAGGAAAACUCAGCACCUGUAAAACUUGGGGGCUUUGGGGUAGCUAUUCAAUUAGGGGAGUCUGGACUUGUAGCUGGAGGACGCGUUGGAACACCUCAUUUUAUGGCCCCAGAAGUCGUCAAAAGAGAGCCUUAUGGAAAACCUGUAGAUGUCUGGGGUUGUGGCGUGAUCCUUUUUAUCCUGCUAAGUGGUUGCUUGCCUUUUUAUGGAACCAAGGAAAGAUUGUUCGAAGGCAUUAUUAAAGGAAAAUAUAAGAUGAAUCCAAGGCAGUGGAGCCAUAUCUCUGAAAGUGCCAAAGACCUAGUCCGUCGCAUGCUGAUGCUUGAUCCAGCGGAAAGGAUCACUGUUUAUGAAGCACUGAAUCACCCAUGGCUUAAGGAGCGGGAUCGUUAUGCCUACAAGAUUCAUCUUCCAGAAACAGUAGAGCAACUGAGGAAAUUCAAUGCAAGGAGGAAACUAAAGGGUGCAGUACUAGCAGCUGUGUCCAGUCACAAAUUCAACUCCUUCUAUGGGGAUCCUCCUGAAGAGUUGCCAGAUUUUUCCGAAGACCCUACCUCCUCAGGAGCAGUCUCACAGGUGCUGGACAGCCUGGAAGAAAUUCACGCACUUACAGACUGCAGUGAAAAGGACUUAGAUUUUCUACACAGUGUUUUCCAGGAUCAGCAUCUCCACACACUACUAGAUCUGUAUGACAAAAUUAACACAAAAUCUUCACCACAAAUCAGGAAUCCUCCGAGUGAUGCAGUACAGAGAGCCAAAGAGGUAUUGGAAGAAAUUUCAUGUUACCCUGAGAAUAAUGAUGCAAAGGAACUAAAACGUAUUUUAACACAACCUCAUUUCAUGGCCUUACUUCAGACUCACGAUGUAGUGGCUCAUGAAGUUUACAGUGAUGAAGCAUUGAGGGUCACUCCUCCCCCCACCUCACCCUAUUUAAAUGGUGAUUCUCCAGAAAGCGCCAACGGAGAUAUGGAUAUGGAGAAUGUGACCAGAGUUCGCCUGGUCCAGUUCCAAAAGAACACAGAUGAGCCCAUGGGAAUCACUUUAAAAAUGAAUGAGCUCAAUCAUUGUAUUGUCGCAAGAAUUAUGCACGGGGGCAUGAUUCACAGGCAAGGUACACUUCAUGUCGGUGAUGAAAUUCGAGAAAUUAACGGCAUCAGUGUGGCUAACCAAACAGUGGAACAGCUGCAGAAAAUGCUCCGGGAAAUGCGGGGGAGUAUCACCUUCAAGAUAGUGCCAAGUUACCGCACUCAGUCAUCGUCCUGUGAGAGAGAUUCCCCCUCCACUUCCAGGCAGUCCCCAGCUAAUGGUCAUAGCAGCACUAACAAUUCUGUUUCGGACUUGCCAUCAACUACCCAACCAAAAGGACGACAGAUCUAUGUAAGAGCACAAUUUGAAUACGAUCCAGCAAAGGAUGACCUCAUCCCCUGCAAAGAAGCUGGCAUUCGAUUCAGAGUUGGUGACAUUAUCCAGAUUAUUAGUAAGGACGAUCACAACUGGUGGCAGGGUAAACUGGAAAACUCCAAAAAUGGAACCGCAGGUCUCAUUCCUUCUCCUGAACUUCAGGAAUGGCGAGUUGCUUGCAUCGCCAUGGAGAAAACCAAACAGGAGCAGCAGGCCAGCUGUACUUGGUUCGGCAAGAAGAAGAAGCAGUACAAAGAUAAAUACUUGGCAAAGCACAACGCAGUGUUUGAUCAAUUAGAUCUUGUUACAUAUGAAGAAGUAGUAAAACUGCCAGCAUUCAAAAGGAAAACACUAGUCUUAUUAGGUGCGCAUGGUGUUGGGAGAAGACACAUAAAAAACACCCUCAUCACAAAGCACCCAGAUCGGUUUGCGUACCCUAUUCCACACACAACCAGACCUCCAAAGAAAGAUGAAGAAAACGGAAAGAAUUACUACUUUGUAUCUCAUGACCAAAUGAUGCAAGACAUCUCGAAUAAUGAGUACCUGGAAUAUGGCAGCCACGAGGAUGCGAUGUACGGGACAAAACUGGAGACCAUCCGGAAGAUCCAUGAGCAAGGGCUGAUCGCCAUCCUGGACGUGGAGCCACAGGCGCUGAAGGUCCUGAGAACCGCCGAGUUCGCGCCUUUCGUUGUUUUCAUUGCCGCGCCCACCAUCACUCCCGGGCUAAACGAGGAUGAAUCUCUCCAGCGCCUGCAGAAGGAGUCCGAUAUCCUACAGAGAACAUACGCGCACUACUUCGAUCUCACAAUUAUCAACAAUGAAAUUGAUGAGACAAUCAGACAUCUGGAGGAAGCCGUUGAGCUCGUGUGCACAGCCCCGCAAUGGGUCCCGGUCUCCUGGGUCUAUUAGGCCUCUCCCCAGAUAUCUGACGCCUGCCCGGGAGCCACCUCAUCCGUGGAAAAGCCUCUUUGUUAUCGGCCUUGUGUCAGCAGGUCAUGGUCCCUAGAGACUACCUAGUUGUAGUGUGACCUCCAUUUAUAAUUAUUGUCAUGUCCGAAUAGAUAGGAGGAGAAAACAAUUACACACUAAUUUAAAGAGACAGUAUCUUUUUUAAUCAGUUCUCCUAAACUUUAAUAAAAUGUAUCUUUAAAUGUAUGUAUUAUUCAAUCCUUUGGAAUGUUAUAUUUUUGGAAAUCAUAGCUUUUUAUUUCCAAGACCCCUAAAAACUGCACAAAAUAGAUGCUGCUUUCUAUAAUCUAUUUUAAUAAUAAACAAUGAUUCUGUUACCUUGAGUGGGGGUGGAACACUACAUUCUUUUUAGAGUCUGAUUUUAUGGAUUGGAAUCUUUCUUUCCUUUAUUUAUUUGAAAUAAUCAGUCUAGUGAUUACAAAACAGUCAUAAAUUUUUAAAGACCUUUUUUCUUUUUUUUUUUAGACUAGUAUUUUUUUUUAAGUCCUUUAUGUAACAUCCAGAUAAUGUGAUACUGUCUCUUUGAAGCACCCUGUAAACCUUUUAGAGAUUUGAAGUUGGGUCUUGACUCUUAAUGCAUGUGGACAGUCGCGAGCGUUUAUGCUGUCGGUGUGUCUGUGUUGGACAAAACAAAGUACAUUCCGUUCACGGGGCACACCCAGGGGAAUAAGAAUAAAAUGCUAUUAUGACUAAGUUGUAAACCUAUGCACAUCCCUUGCAUUUCGGGCAACUUUAUAAAGAAAACUGAUUUUUAUUAUUAAUAAUCAUGUAGUGAAAUGUGUUUGUAAUUUUGUCUCAAUUUAAUUUGUUGUAAGGUGGGAGGGGAAGUUGCUGGUUUCACCAUUUCAGAUCUGUGUUGUCUGAGAGUAUUAACGUUUUAAUUAAGCAAAGAAAUGAGGAUUUUUAAUAUGUAUGUAAUUGUUUUAAAGCACCCAUUUUAAGAGAAUAUACUGUGCAAUGAAGAAACCAGUUUAGGCAUUUGCUAUAAACUGAAUUAUUCCAAAAGAAGAUAACAGCCCUGUAAAUUCCUUUAAAAUGAUAACUAACAGGACAGUUUGACCAAUUUUUUUUUAAAUAUACUUCCUUUUAUGUGUUCAAUAA